AAUAAUAAUAAUAAUAAUAAUAAUAAUAAUAAUAAUAAUAAUAAUAAUAAUAAUAAUAAUAAUAAUAAUAAUAAUAAUAAUAAUAAUAAUAAUAAUAAUAAUAAUAAUAAUAAUAAUAAUAAUAAUAAUAAUAAUAAUAAUAAUAAUAAUAAUAAUAAUAAUAAUAAUAAUAAUAAUAAUAAUAAUAAUAAUAAUAAUAAUAAUAAUAAUAAUAAUAAUAAUAAUAAUAAUAAUAAUAAUAAUAAUAAUAAUAAUAAUAAUAAUAAUAAUAAUAAUAAUAAUAAUAAUAAUAAUAAUAAUAAUAAUAAUAAUAAUAAUAAUAAUAAUAAUAAUAAUAAUAAUAAUAAUAAUAAUAAUAAUAAUAAUAAUAAUAAUAAUAAUAAUAAUAAUAAUAAUAAUAAUAAUAAUAAUAAUAAUAAUAAUAAUAAUAAUAAUAAUAAUAAUAAUAAUAAUAAUAAUAAUAAUAAUAAUAAUAAUAAUAAUAAUAAUAAUAAUAAUAAUAAUAAUAAUAAUAAUAAUAAUAAUAAUAAUAAUAAUAAUAAUAAUAAUAAUAAUAAUAAUAAUAAUAAUAAUAAUAAUAAUAAUAAUAAUAAUAAUAAUAAUAAUAAUAAUAAUAAUAAUAAUAAUAAUAAUAAUAAUAAUAAUAAUAAUAAUAAUAAUAAUAAUAAUAAUAAUAAUAAUAAUAAUAAUAAUAAUAAUAAUAAUAAUAAUAAUAAUAAUAAUAAUAAUAAUAAUAAUAAUAAUAAUAAUAAUAAUAAUAAUAAUAAUAAUAAUAAUAAUAAUAAUAAUAAUAAUAAUAAUAAUAAUAAUAAUAAUAAUAAUAAUAAUAAUAAUAAUAAUAAUAAUAAUAAUAAUAAUAAUAAUAAUAAUAAUAAUAAUAAUAAUAAUAAUAAUAAUAAUAAUAAUAAUAAUAAUAAUAAUAAUAAUAAUAAUAAUAAUAAUAAUAAUAAUAAUAAUAAUAAUAAUAAUAAUAAUAAUAAUAAUAAUAAUAAUAAUAAUAAUAAUAAUAAUAAUAAUAAUAAUAAUAAUAAUAAUAAUAAUAAUAAUAAUAAUAAUAAUAAUAAUAAUAAUAAUAAUAAUAAUAAUAAUAAUAAUAAUAAUAAUAAUAAUAAUAAUAAUAAUAAUAAUAAUAAUAAUAAUAAUAAUAAUAAUAAUAAUAAUAAUAAUAAUAAUAAUAAUAAUAAUAAUAAUAAUAAUAAUAAUAAUAAUAAUAAUAAUAAUAAUAAUAAUAAUAAUAAUAAUAAUAAUAAUAAUAAUAAUAAUAAUAAUAAUAAUAAUAAUAAUAAUAAUAAUAAUAAUAAUAAUAAUAAUAAUAAUAAUAAUAAUAAUAAUAAUAAUAAUAAUAAUAAUAAUAAUAAUAAUAAUAAUAAUAAUAAUAAUAAUAAUAAUAAUAAUAAUAAUAAUAAUAAUAAUAAUAAUAAUAAUAAUAAUAAUAAUAAUAAUAAUAAUAAUAAUAAUAAUAAUAAUAAUAAUAAUAAUAAUAAUAAUAAUAAUAAUAAUAAUAAUAAUAAUAAUAAUAAUAAUAAUAAUAAUAAUAAUAAUAAUAAUAAUAAUAAUAAUAAUAAUAAUAAUAAUAAUAACAAUAAUAAGAAUAUCAACAACGUCAUGGAUAGAAUUGAAUAUAUGCUAACAAACCUUCUCAAUAUGAUAACAAUGUUUAUCUCAAAACUAUGCAAAUAAAUCUACGUAUAGGAAUAUGGAAUGCUAACGGUCUUCCAAAUCAUAUAAGAGAAAUCGAAGUAUUUAUGCAAUCAAAUCACAUGGAUAUAUUUUUAAUAUCAGAGACCCAUUUUACUGCUAAAACCUUUUUCAAAAUUAACGGAUAUGAUUUCAUUUCAUGCAACCAUCCAGACA